UGCGGAAAUGACGUCACAUUACAAUGGCACUCUGUUCGCUACUAAAACAAGCUAGUGACCGAACUGCUACACAACAUUGUGUACACUCGCUUUUCUUCGCUUUCGGAUCCAGCUGACUUUAAACGGACACACCUUUGUGACCUGGAAUUGUCGACGUCGAGUACCACCGUCGUAGAUGAGUGUAAUUGGUGCCAGCAACGUAACCUAGCACAGAAGCUAACAACAAGUUUAGAGCCCUCCUCUCAUCUAGGAAUUAAUGUCACGUGAUGGCGUCAAACAACAUAUUCUAACCUCAAUUGGGAUCAUUUAGGGUUUCUUGAUCACUCGCCUUUGGCAGGCUGUUGGUAAUGCUUGUUGUGGUUGCUUGAUGGGGCUUUUCAGGGUCAUGAUGCCGCCCAAGUUUCAGCUUUUGGCGCUAUUGACAUUUGGGCUGACCAUGCUCUUCAUUGAGAACCAGAUCCAAAGACUGGACGAGUCGAGAGCCAAGCUAGAGCGCGCCAUGGCUCGACACGAGCUGGCGACGGAGCAGCGUCAUCAAGACGGCACUCGCGACCUCACGUCACACUCGGCUGAAGGACGCGACAGCCACGACGACGACGACAUGGUCAUCAUCUACAACAGAGUGCCCAAGACGGCCAGCACGUCCUUCACCAACAUCGCCUAUGACCUGUGCGCUAAGAACCGUUUCCACGUGCUGCACAUCAACACCACCAAGAACAACCCUGUUAUGUCUCUGCAGGACCAGAUGCGCUUUGUACGCAACGUCACCUCGUGGCAAGAGAUGAAGCCCGGCUUCUACCACGGGCACGUCGCCUAUCUGGACUUUUCCAAAUACAGCGUAAAGGGUAAGCCGCUCUACAUUAACGUGGUGCGAGACCCCAUCGAGCGCCUGGUGUCGUAUUACUACUUCCUACGCUUCGGUGACGACUACCGGCCUGGCCUGCGGCGAAGAAAGCAAGGCGACAAGAAGACCUUUGAUGAGUGUGUGGCGUCAGGCGGCUCAGACUGCGCCCCUGAGAAGCUCUGGCUGCAGAUCCCCUUCUUCUGUGGUCACCAUUCAGAGUGCUGGAAUGUGGGCAGUCGAUGGGCGCUGGAGCAGGCCAAGUACAACCUAGUGAACGAAUACCUGCUGGUGGGCGUGACCGAGGAGCUUGAGGACUUCAUCAUGAUCCUCGAAGCAACUCUGCCACGCUUCUUCAAGGGAGCUACUGAACUCUACAAGACAGGAAAGAAGUCCCACCUGCGUAAGACCACUGAGAAGAAGCCCCCCACCAAGGAGACAAUCAACAAGCUACAGCAGUCCAAAAUCUGGAAGAUCGAGAACGAGUUCUACGAGUUUGCGCUGGAGCAGUUCCAGUUUGUGCGCGCGCACGCCGUCAGGGAGAAGGAUGGCGAGCUUUUGGUGCUGGCCCAGAGCUUCUUCUAUGAGAAGAUCUACCCCAAAGCCAACUGAGCAUCGAUGCCAGUGAGAAGUCGCACACACUGGGAGGACACAUGGACACAUGCUGGAUUCUUGCCAUUUCAACACUUGAUGCACAUUUGAUGCACGGACAAACACUUUGCGAUUGUUUACAGGAAAUGUCUACGUUUUACAUCCUGGUGUGCAGCAGACUGUGGAACAGAACCAGAGUGGACUGAUUGAGCACCUUUCAACUUAAAAUCUCAUGCUGAAGACUUUUGUACACUACAUUUCUAGUGCGCCAGUGCUUGUUUACACAAGUGAGACUGCAGUCAAAGGUGCGUUUGUACAAACACGCUCGGACCAAAUAUCAGUGUACAGCCUCGGCAUGCCUCUGGUGCUGAGUUGGCGCUUUUUAAAAAAAAAAAUGCACAAAUAUUCUCAGAUACACUACAUCGACAGAAGUAUUGGGACAGAAGAUGGACUGGAGCUCGGAGACACUUUGGCCAAUUACAAUUCGUGGGGAGAUGGUCUUGUGUGGUUCCCAGUGCACAAAGCAAGGUUCAUGAAGUCAUGAUUGGAGGAGUUUGCAAGAACGGGUCCUACAUCGGCGACUUCACAAAUGAACACGCUACAACAUCUUGUAGAAAGUCUUACCAGAAGAAAGGAAGCAGUUUCAUUUCCUUCACCUUUCCCAAUACUUUUGUUUCUACUGGUGGUCCUCGGUUUACAGCGUUGCAGGUUAAGACGUGUCAUGGUUACAAACAUGCACCCAUCCGUCUUCUUGCGCUUAUCGGAGGUUGGGUCGCGUGGAAAGCGGUCCAAGAUGAGAAUCCCCGGCCAGUUGAGAGACCUAGUCUCUGCAACGUGUCCAAGGUCUCCUACCACUUGGAUGUACCCAGAUGCAUGAGCCACUUCACUUCUGCUUCCUCUCAAUGCAAAGACGUAGCAGCUCUACUUUGAGUCUCCACUAGCCGCUUGUACCGCACGCUCAAAGUCGUUAAAAAUGUCAUUUUGAUCCUUUAACAUGAUUAGCUCAAGAACUAAUCACAUGGCAGGAGCCUCGAAUAGCAUCUUAUUUUUUUUUUUCACCUCAUUAAGUCCGCCAAGCGGUAGUGCACCAAAGAAAAGGAAAGCCAUCACCAUGGAUAUGAAAAUGAACAUUAUGGUCCCAACUGCUCAGCUGCUGCAACCAUCAUUAAGGAGAAAGAUUGUUGGAUGGUAGUGAAUGGGGUCAUGGAUUCUGUGCAUUUUGAGAAGACUAGCCUGGGACAAUAUUUUAAGAAGGUAGUGGCUACUAGCUCAUGUUUUUUUUUUUUUAUUACAGUAUUUUCUAUGUCCUUCCAGUGUUCUGUGUACAUUGUGAGUGACUUAGGAGUUAAAGUUCCAACUUACUCUAAAACUACACUUACAUCAGUGUCUAGGAAUGGAACUCGUUCGUAAACCCGAGGACCACCUAUGUAUUGUACGUCACACCAGUAAUUUACUACUCGUCCAUCUCAUUAUCAACACGCAGAAUGCAAGUGGAUCAGUGCAGGGUCUUUGAGCUGAUAGUGCCUUUUUGCAUUCUUCUUAGCACAGCUUUGUGUUGGCCCUGCAAAACAUUCAUGUUUUUGUAUUUGCACGUCCGCUUCUAUUUUCAGAUAUAAACACGUACCUUUAAAUGUCA